AUGAACGAGGGGUUCGGCAGGGCUAGUCGCUCCGUAGCCGACACCAUCCAGUACCGGAUGGCUGCCUCUUUCUUCACCACUCCAAUCUGCUCGAGCAUAAGCAAAUCAAAGUGCGCGACACCUCCAAUGGUCUGCCUCCCUUGCAAAUCGACCCCGAGAUGUUCGGCCAAACAUGUGACCAGUCCUCCCACCGCGAUGGGAUCACGGCGCGACUGGACUCGAAACAGCCCAUCGAUGAUAGCAGGUGUCGUCUUCAGUCGUUUCCCUUUAAGCAUGCACCAGAUGCCGAUUCUCGUACCGACCGGUAAUGAGAUAGACGAUCAUCCGCUGCAAUCCGAAAGCGGUGGCGAAGUCAACGUCUCGCCACGUAUAUUCGACACCAUCCAGACAGAAACCAUACAACCCAUCCCCGUCCUCCUUUCUCAACGAUCGAAAGAAUUCGCACGUAAGGUCGGCGUAGACGGGCCAGUCUCCCGUCAUCAAUUUCCUCCAGCCCAUCACAUCAACGAGACGAUAGACCUCGGAGCGUGUGACGGUGGUCCCGAGACCUCCGGUGAGGCUCGGGUUCUCUUGACGGGCGGCCCGGAUGCUGUCCGGGGCGAUACUCGGGUAGGCUCGGUAGCCGGUGACUCGGUGGCAGCGGUCAGAGGUGGACUCGAUUGGGCCGGAGGCUGCCUCGGUUUAACCGAGGGCUGUGUCGGUGCCUUAGUUCCCGAUGUGGCGGCACGUGUCUGA